AUGGAGGCGAGCUGGGGUCUGCUGCUUGGUGGUAUGCGUGUGGUUGUUCUUCCUGAAAGCCUGAAAGAGGCAGAUGGGCACACGGCAGGCGGAAGCGCUCCUCGGAGUGAAAGUGCUGACAUCGUCAAAGUCCGCCUCCAAACCACCACCACACACCCCACGGCCCUCUCCUGCGCGACCUCGAUCCUCCGCAACGAAGGCCCCACCGCCUUCUACAAAGGCACGCUCACGCCCCUCAUCGGCAUCGGCGCCUGCGUCUCGGUCCAAUUCGGCGCCUUCCACUACGCGCGCCGCGCCUUCGAGGAACGCAACCUCUCGGCCGGCCACCCGUCCCCCACCCUCAGCUACGGCCAGUACUACGCCUCGGGCGCCUUCGCGGGCCUCACCAACAGCGUCCUCUCCGGACCCAUCGAGCACGUCCGCAUCCGGCUGCAGACCCAGCCGCACGGCGCGGGGCGUCUGUACUCGGGCCCGCUGGACUGUAUCCGCAAGCUCUCGUCCCGGGACGCCGGUGGCGUGCUGCGCGGCCUCUACCGCGGCCAGGCCGUCACGUACUAUCGUGAAGCGCAGGCCUAUGGCGUCUGGUUCCUGACGUUUGAGUAUCUGAUGGCCUGGGAGCAGCGGCGCACCAACUGCAAGCGCGAGGACGUCAGUUCGCCGAAAGUCGCCUUCUACGGUGGCCUGGCGGGCGAGGCGCUCUGGAUCAGUAGCUACCCCUUUGACGUGGUCAAGAGCAAGAUGCAGAGUGAUGGGUUUGGUGAGAAGCAGCGGUUCAAGAGCAUGCGCGACUGUUUUGCGCAGACGUGGGCGAGGGAGGGGAUGGGUGGGUUUUGGAAGGGGAUUGGGCCCACGUUGUUGAGGGCCAUGCCCGUUAGUGCGGGGACGUUUGCUGUGUAA